AUGACCGCUCUAUUAAUCGCUCCCUUCGCGACCCUCAUUUCUCAGUUCUACCACAAGAUCAAAACAAUGGAAAACGAAGACUUGGAAACGCUGCUGGCUUUGAUCGAGGAGUACGACGAUGAUUGUACAACUGACUCGAGCAUUGAUGAUACGGAGUCAUGGGUGGCGCACAACGUGCAUGAACCCAGUAAACCGAAACAUAGCGAGAGCGCGAGAAUUAAAGCUGAUAGAAAAGAAAUACGCUGUCUCAAGGCCAAACUAGGAAUUCCAGGGCGAAAUCGUUCUCGGGAUCGUCACAGAUUGGAGCUUCUGGAGCUGCGCGUCGAGGCAGCAUUGCUACAGCAGCGAGUUGAUGAUCUAGAGGAAGAAGAGCGACGAGUGAGACCGGGAGCAACGCCUUCGUGGAUGGCACCUAAUGAUAUCAGCUUGGCUGACACUACGAAUGACAGCCUUUAUGACGCAUGGAGGGACCUGGCCAAAAAACACAAAAUGCAUCGUACAAACGCCGAGAUCGAGAACCGAAAUCUUCGCGAGCUUUACGCCCAUCAGCUAAAACUUACUCACAUGGUCAAGAAGCUUUUCCGAAAACAAUCCUCCAUAGAAGAACAACUCGCGCACCACAGGGCAGCAUCUAGCUAUGCCAAGCGCCAAAAUAGGUCGAUCACGCCCCAUUACUUGGGGUAAUAGUUUCAAGAUAUAUAACUCAUAAAAAGGUUGCGCGUAUUCAAGUGUAAAUGAAG